GUAACGCCGUUACGAGCCCCAAACUUUACUCCUUAUAGUUUUAUCUCCUUAGCCCAAAGUUUGUGAAAUGAUGUAGUUUUAAUGUAAUUUGAAAAGUUUCAUUUAUAGUCAACGUUCACAGUUUUAUUGCGAAUUUUAAUGAAACAUGAUCGGAAGUUAGUGCAACACCAAAUGUGAUUGAUUUAAUAGAAGUGCAACAUGAUUCGUGCUGUGAUAUUUUGUUUUUUGGUACUUGGAUUUUUAAAAGUGGCGAUCUGCCUUCGAAUAGUCGGCAUAUCAGUACCGAGUCUAAAGCAACGCGGCGAGUCGGCGACGCUGACGUGUGACUACUCCCUGGAGGGGGGGAGGCUGUACUCCGUCAAGUGGUACCGGGACAAUGAGGAGUUCUACCGGUACAUGCCGCGGCUGCGCCCGCCGCAACACCACCACACACUCGACGGGGUUAAAGUUGAUUUGGAGAAGUCAAGUGCUCGUCGCGUUCACUUGCGAGAUCUGACGCUGCGGUCGCGAGGUGUCUACCGCUGCGAGGUGUCUGAAGAGGCGCCUUCUUUCCACUCAGCACAAGCCGAAGGACUCAUGGAGGUGUACUACCUGCCCCGCGAGGGUCCUCGCAUCUCAGGCCACGAGCGUCGUUACGAGCUGGGCGACUCCCUCGAUGUCAAUUGCACCUCCGCCAGAGCUUUCCCUGCUCCCGACCUGCAGUGGCUUAUUGACGGGCAAAAGGUGACAGACCGGUCAUGGCUGAUUGCAUACGGGGCCAAGCCAGCGCCGCAGGGGCUACUGGUGUCCACUAUAGGACUGAGGGCGCCAGUGAGGCAGCGAAUGAAACUGCGCUGCAUCGCCUCUACGGGAACGCAUAGACGGGAGAAGACUGUGGUAAUAGAAGCCAAUACCUCGUGCCGUCAUAAACCGCUGAAUUUAAUUAUUGUAGUAAUAUUAAUACUAACAAGCACCAAGUAUAUUUCAGUCAAAAUCACGUGAUAGCCUUACAAUAUAUCCAUAAAUGCAAAUGUAAAUAAAUAUACUUUAUAAUAUCACCAUGUGUUCUUUAUUUUGUGUCACAAUGACUCGGUCGCAGCCAGAUUUGAUUUCUCCCAUUAGACUUUCGAUUUGUAUCUUACUUUAAUCUUCAAUCGUAUGGACA